UGGAAGUUAUUUCAUCCAUUGUAAUGCCACCAAAGACAGCUAAAACGACUAAAAAGCCCAACAGUGCUGGAGCUCCUGCUGGUGUUGAUGUGGUCAGUGCGCAGUUUGAAGAGGACUUGGGGCAGGCGUGCGUGUCCCUGGUGGCUGGGGGGAGUCCAGAGGAGGAAGAGCUCAUCCAGGCCUUGACUUUGGCUGUUCAGCAACCACAACGCAAACUUUUCACCUUAUUAAGCUGGGACAGCGUCCGUGCAAAGAUUCUUACACUGGGAAAGUCCAAUGCUAAAAAAGGUGCUGAUGUUGGAAUAUCUUAUGAGGUUGCAGAGUCUGCAACGGCGCUGCUGGAAGCCGGAGAGGAGAUUCCCUGUGACCUGAUGGCAACAAUACUGAAGUCGCAACUGCUACAAAUCAAAGCCACUGAUAAGCAGCGGAGGGAGGCUGAACAGCUUAAGACUAAAGAAGGACAAAAAACCACUAAGGAUGCGACCAAGGCCCCUAAGAAAAAGGGAAAGGAUUCAUCCUCUGCUCAUGAACCUUCCAAAGAGAAGGAGACCAAACUCAGACGCAGGGAUGAUGUUGAUCCACCCAUAUUCAAAGAUGACGAACCAGAAUGUGGUCCUCAACACUACAUUCUGUUGGUGGGCUUUCACCAUUUACAUCUGAUUUGGAUGCUGGAUGGCAUUGGUGUACAUGUGGCAAAUGUCAUCAAACUGUGCUCAGAGCAAACCCAAACCUUUGGGGACCAGCAGGAACAACACAGCUGUGAGGAAAUGGAGCAGCGUCAAAGGCCUUCUCCGGUUUUGGAUGCAGAUCUGACUGUGCAGGCCAUGGAGCUGGAACUAUUCUGGUCAGGUCUGAGAUCAGUUCUAGACUGUGGCCCGCCAGACUCCAAGCUCCAUGAUGUGGUUCAGCUAAGCUACACUGUCCCACAUCUUAUUCUUCCCCUACCAACACGGGAUCCUGACGCUAUGCUGGAGUUGGGAAGCCAAAUCUUUGAGGGUGUGGCCAAUCUCAUCUACGAUUGUCUGGACUGGCGUAAGGACCAUCAGCACUAUCGUGACAACGUCAGGCUCAUCACAGUACCCGCUGUUCUUCCAUUCGAUUCAGAAUCUGCAGAGGUUGUGCAAGCUGUUGUCCCUAAGACCCCACGCUCCAAGAUAAAGUCAGCCCAAAAACAAAGCCAGUCAGACCAAGAGACCAAGGUGCCAGGUCUUACUACAGAUGUGGACAUGUGUUACUAUAACGCUCUACUGGACCGGAUUCCUCCUGAGGCCUGCUCUGUGCCCUUAAUCUUAAACUGUAUGCUGGAGCAGGUGGUGGUUAACACGGACCAGUCUUCACCCCCCACGCCCUGUACAGCUGAGGGGCCCAAUCCUGCAACUGGCCCCUGGUCAGAUUAUCAGCGGGUCAGCUGCAUGCUUGAAAACUUCCUGCCUCUUAUACACACAGAAGAGGAAAAAACACGCAUGCUAGAUAACCUCUUAACUACUCUGCAGAAGACAGAAGACAAAACGAGGUUAAUGGAGAGGUUUGGAGGUGGAGAGACCCAGAAGGAGUCAGAGCAGACUCAGGUUAUCAGACACCACGAUGAAAGAGCACAGCGCUUGAAGGACGUCUCUGUUGCUCAUGGUUUCAAUCCAGCGGAUGUGGAGUUGUCCAUGAUGAAGUUUUCUCCAGUCUGGGAUCUGAUUCAGUCUGAAACUAAGCAGAGAAGCAGCCAAUCCUGUUGGAUGCAAAUCAAACAGCAGCUGCAACACUACUGCACAGAUGAUAGUGUCUCAUGGACGGAUGUGGAGCGCCUGUUUCAUCAGAGUAUAUUUGAGGCUAUGACAUUGACUACGCUGGAUCAGCAGGGUGUAUUACUGAAUGCUGCUAAACCUCAGGGAUCAUUGGAAUCAGCACAGCAGCAAACAGAAACAAUCAUCCCCUGGGACAAUCCUUUAUCCUACGCUAAAAAGCAGCUUCAUAACCUGCAGACUAAAGGUCUGAUAUUUCUCACUGAAGACGCCAGUAACAUGGAGGUCAGUGGGAAAAUCUGUAGCCAGCUGGAUUUGUCCCACAUCCAGAGCUGUAGACGGAGGUCCCUGAUUGACUGGCACUAUGUUGAACAUCACGAUGCUGCCGAGUUCCAACAGGUUCUCCAGCUAGCCUCGGAGGAAUACUGUUGCCUGGACACCUUUAGAGGAAGUCUUAAUAACACCCUGUACAUCUUUUGCCACAAUCCCAUGAAUUCUCAUCGUCAGUGCAAAGAAUUCUGGGAAGUGUCCCUUCACACCGAUGUGAAAUUCAGGAACUACCUGGAGCAUGUGGUAGAUACCAUUUCAGACUGGACUAGAGAGGAGGAAUUAAAGAGAGAGGCAAUGCGAAUCAGCCAUCAGGGCCUUGCCGAAACUCCAAAAGAUGAAAAGGCCGUCCGCUCUGUAGAGGAGAAGGGCACUCUGGAGCCAGUCACCAGAAAGGACUCUCUUAAGGCCUGGAAAAUUGAGCAAGAGCGGCUGAAGGAAGAGGAGAUGGCAGGAAAAUCAAAGAAGGAGAAGGCACCAAAAGGCAAGAAGCAGAAGGAGGACAACAAGAAAAGUGGAGCUUCACCUAGUAACAAGGAAAGCAAAUUAAAUAGACCAGACAGCUCCACCAAGGCUCCUACGGAGAAGAGAGAACCUCUUGAAAGUGAAAUCAAAGAUUUGAAAGAGGAGCCUAUCAGCGUUUUCACGGGCUACAGCAUGGAUGGACAGUUGAUCCGUGUAUCAGGCCACAUCCAGCACCUCUUCCCCUCAGACGGAGGACAUAUCACUGUGGAGAAUGUCACCUUUUUUGAAGGUUCCAGCAUGAUGAAACUAGCUGUGAAGGAUAGGCAUCAUUUCUACACACACAUCAACCAAGUUAUGGUUGAUCCUGCAAAGCCUCCCUCUCCGGCACAAGACAAAAAAAUCACUGAUCCAAAGGACUGUAAAGUUUCCGGACCUGUAGAGAAGAAAAGAGUGAACCAGGCCUCCCUCUCAGUAGAGCUUGAUAAUAAAAUCCGCCUCUCGUACAGUUUCUAUGGUCCCAUGGGAGAAUACACAGAAGGAAACAGCCCUCAGAUCUUCACCCAGGAGCCCACCCCUCCCUCGUCCUCCACCUGUCACUCCAAGGAUGCGAACCCGGAGACAGUUACCUCCAGCAGACAAACCAGUCAGGGGUGUGAGGACCAGCCAGAUCUCCCAUCAAGUUCAUUCAACAGUUUAAAUGUUUAUGUUCCUAAUGGCCUGUUCCUGCAAUUCCUGCGAGACGAUGCACAAGAAGUACCGCCACAGGAAAGGGGUAUUUUGGUGAAACAGAGUUUUCCCCUCCAUGGUAGAGGAGAGAGGCCGCAUCUUAAGGACACAUCUCUCUCCAAGGAACAGUCCUGCAUUGUCACCAGCCUCGGAGCAGUGAUCCGUUGCAUGAGAGACGGGUCCACAGAGGUGCUGUUUGCAGAUGGUUCUGUCAGUUUUAGCCAAGAUUCUGGUCCAGUAUGGGUGCCUGUCUCUGAGGUCCAGCGGGAAAACUCCUGUCAGGGAGCUAAGGAUGCCGGGAAAGGUCGGACGUCAGUGGAGGACACAGAUGCUCAGAAAGGAUGGUGGCAAACUACAAGUCCAUCUGGAAGUCGCAUCUGCACCAUCGGGACCACCCACAAACACAUACCCACCACCUCUCUUCUCACCCGUAAAGAGACAGACCCCAUCACCCAUCAGGUCAUGCUGAGCAGGGAAGAUCUGGUAGUUUCUGUCCAGAACCCAGAUGGAUCUCGAAUUGUGGAGCACGCAGAUGGAACCAGGAUCACCAGCCUUCUCCAAGACAGGCCACUAAUUACUACAACUCCCAAUCUGAUGCAUGCAGCAGUGUCCACCAAAGAGCAGGUAGUACUGGUGGAGAAGGAGGGCUGUGCCAAGGUGAUGAUGUACCCAGAGCGACAAGCAGCUCACAUAUUUUUAGCGGAUGGAACAGUCAUCACGGGGAACAACCACGGAGAGUAUCAGGUGUUCCCGUCUAGCGGAGGGUUCAUGCAGAUCCAAACUGAUGGAAGGUGCAUGUACUCCUCUGACCCACUUGUGACCCACUUUGCAGAGGGUUUUACCUCCACUCACCAACCAAGAGUUUACACCAUGAGUCACACGAGCAGCGUGGUCUGUGAUGUCACAGACAGCGAUGGGAACCACUUCCAGGUGAUGGAAGAUGGGCGGGUUUCGGUGCUAAAUAUUGGUUCCGGCCCAAACAAACUUAACUGUGAUGCUGAAGACAAGGCAGAGGACAAGGAGGAGGACAGAGACAUGUCCAGUCUUCACAGAUAUCAUUGUCCCAGGCUGUUUCUGGUGCAUGAGGAUGGCUCGGGUACCGAAUUCCUGGGUUCUCAUAGUGUGGAGGGACUGCUGCGCCAGCUUUACGCCGACCCUACCGUAGCAUUGUUGAAGGAACGCCUGCCAGACAAACAAGACGAGUUUGGCAUCACGGUCUUAAAACCAAGCUUCCAGAGUGUGUGGUUACCGAGGAAACAGAAUCCUGACAUCACGCCCCCCGGCCUCAAAAAUCGCAGCUGGCAUGACUUCCCUGCAGUUGAGAAGAAGACCUCAGGUCCUCCCUUUGGAACUGACUUAGGGUUUGGUUUGACUCUGAAAGAGAAACCUGUUGGUUUCAUCACACAGCGUCAGCCUGUCGGGAACUGUCCUAAAGUCCUAGAGAUGAGGGAACUAUACCAGCACCGGCCGUUCACCACACCACUCAAAAAUAUUAUAGACUCACGACUGAAGGAAUACAUCGAGCGUUUGAUGGAGCAAGAGCAGCAAUCAGAAGAGAUGAAAGGGAAAGACCCUCGCACCGAGGAAGAGAGCGCCUGUGCCAGGGAUCUCAUCAGAUUCCUGCCGUCCUUUGCAGAGGAAGAUGUUGCCAGCCACGCCGUUAAUACCAAGAUUCCAGCGGAUGUGGAGCGUCUGUACAGCCAAGCGAUCGGAGCCUCAGCUGAGCAGUCAGAUGUUUUAGAGGACUCCAACACAGGGACUACUGACAGUCUGGAUACCACAGGGACUACUGACAGUCUGGAUACAUCACAAGAACUAAAUUUUUGUAAAAGAAAGGAGUUGAAAUGGACUGAAAGACUUGCCAAACACAGACAGGAGCUCAGCGAAGAGAAGACAUGCAGAGAAUCUCUGAGAGCGGAGAACAUUGUUCCUUAUUUCCACCCAGAAAACAUACCAUCAUACCAGAGUCUGUUUCAUGACCGAUCACCUGACAUGUGGAGUCUAUCCAUGGACCCCCCACCGAUCCCCAAGUCAGACAGUCCUAAUCUCCUUGUCACUGAUUCCCCAGAAAAGAACACCUCACGACCCUUAAACCCAACUCCCUCUCAGUCAGAAAGUCAUACCGCAGGAGCUGACAGGAUGCCUGAUAUCAGACCCACCAACCCCACACCUCAGACGGCUGGUGAAAGCAGUGUGAGGGCUUCCCCGAGGCACUGCAAGUCAGUCCUGGUGGAUGUGACUGGAAAGCCGAGACGGACCAAAAUCAGACUGCCGACCUGCAUCCUCGACUCCAAACCCUGCAGCAUGCCAAACCAACAUUUCCUGUCAGUGGAGGAGCCGGUGAGGAGGAAGUGUCGAACAGUUUCUGUUAACGAUCCCAGGGGCCCAGUGAGAGGCUUCCAGCUUCUCCCGUCCAGCGUUGACUUUGGCACGGUGCAGGAAGGCACCUCCUCGACCUUUACGGUGGUCAUGAGGAAUGUGGGCGUUGACACAUGGAGGUUCCAAGUGAAGCAACCUCCUCUUGCAACAGGCCUCCGUGUCAUCUAUAAUCCUGGACCUGUUCCUGCAGGUUUGCACGUUGAACUUAAAGUCCAGCUGUUUGCCAGCUGUGCCGUUGAAGCAGAAGGAGAGCCAAAGCAGUGCAUCUCCCAGGACAUCACCAUUCAUUCUGAAACAGAAAUCCUCUAUCUGCCUGUCACUGCUAUCAUCCUUCCCAAAAGACUACAUGACCAGGAGCAGAGCAGUGCUAGAAAGAAGAGGGACCCCAGCACCUUCCAGCGUUCCCCACGGCCAGGAAAUCACUCAACGAUGAACCCACACCCUCCUCUUUAGACCUGUGGAGAUAUUAAAGGGAUCUCCUAACCCUCCACCAGACAGAUCUUCAAUCAGAUUUCACAUUGCUGACUGAUGUUUUAUUCACAUCGGGAUUCUGAUAUUACAAUCUCAAUGUUGUGCUCCUGCCUAUUAUUUAGUUUUAACCUCUUGAACUGCUACAGUAACAGUUACAUGUGUGGAUGCGUCAAGGGCUACCAGUUCCUCUUUCCUGUAAUAUGAAAUUCAUACGCUGUAAGAUUUUCUUUUUUUAAUGCAAAUAAAUCUGUCAAACAUCUAUUUGUAUGAUUUUGUAA